AUGUCAGGAAUUGAAAAGCCAGCAAGUACCGCAAACACUUUUCCCAAAUCCAAUGAGCCAAUCACAUUAGAAAAGUUUGAACAAGUUGUUAAACUGGUUGUUGACAGGUCAAUUAAAAGUUUACAAGAAAGAAUUAUGGAAAAGCUUGACAAUGAUUUCAAUAAGUUCUUAAAUAUAGAGCUUGAGCCAAGACUUGAGCAUAUGACGCAAGAGGUCGAAGCAGCUGCUGAACUAAUAGGAACCAAAGAAAGAGAAGAGGAAACGGAAACAGAAGCGGAAACCCUUGGAUCUGAAGAGACUUCGGAAGAAGCAUCAGAAGCAUUACAAUAUGCACGUGAAAUGGCUGCCGUUUAUAAACAACAAUUAGCUGAGAUUGAAGAACGGAUCGCGAAAAUAGAGGCUGUAAAAAACAAAUCCAACCGUUACGAAGAAAUUGUUAAGACGUACUUACCCCUGAUAAACAUGGAACCAGUAGAUAAGCCCACUACAAAAGAGCACAAACCCAUCCCAGGAGCCAUAUUCGAACCAAGGGAAGAUGAAAUAAUUGACGGACGUGAUGAUCCUAUGAUUCCUUUCAAAUUAUUAAAUCUCCAAACUAAGCUCGAGAUCUUUCAGGUUGAUAGGUUCGAAUGGGGGAAUAUGGCAUUUUUCUAUAUUUACGGGGAUUUACGUGUACCAUAUAUGCGCAAGAGGGAAAACCCAGAGGAUAAGGACAAGGGUAUACAGUGGCGAGAUGUUGCAAUUUUGAUUGCAGAGUAUUGCAAUCUUUUUGUUUGGGAUGCGAAGAAUUUCGGGGAAUUUAUGCGUGCCGAGCCACGACCAAAUCAGAAGGUUACUCAUUUUCUUAGAGAAUUGGAGUAUAAAUUACUGUUUAUUUCGGACUAUCAUAAUAGGUUUCCAAUGAUCAAGGAUAUUGUUCUUUGUAGAUUAGUUGAAGACUUUGGAUAUAUAAUUCAUCUUCAUGACUUGGACAAUGCGGAGGAGAACGGUUUCUUUCCAUUAUGUGAAAGAGCUUUUUUUAAUGCAAGAUUUCCUAAAGAUAUCGAAGAUGAUUAUCAACCAAUUGGUAAUGAAGGAAGAUCUCGCAAUGUCCAGCACUCAAGUAAGAAGAACCAAGCUUCCACUUGUGCUGGUCACAAAAAGUCUAGAAAUCAAUCAGGAUAG